AUGGCUCAAGUCUAUGUUGAUGAUAUCAUCUUUGGAUCUACGAAUGAUGAACUUGCUCAUAGCUUCUCAAAACUCAUGCAAACCAAGUUCGAGAUGAGCAUGAUUGGAAAGCUAACUCACUUCCUUGGAUUGCAGAUUCGUCAACAAAAUUCAGGUAUAUUUCUAUCUCAGUCUAAAUAUGCUAAGAACCUUGUGAAAAGAAGCGUGAGAGGUAGCCUACUUUACCUUAUUGCUAGUAGACCUGACAUUAGUUACAGUGUGGGUGUGUGUGCUAGAUAUCAGGCUAAUUCCAAAGAAUCUCAUAUGACUACUUUAAAAAGAAUAAUAAAGUAUGUCAAAACCACUACCGACUUUGGUGUGUGGUAUAGCAAAGACAAAAAUGAUGUCUUAGUUGGGUAUUCUGACGCUGAUUGGGCUGUGAAUGCUGAUGAUAGAAAGAGUACAUCAGGAGGUUGUUUUUAUGUGGGUAAUAAUUUUGUCUCCUGA